AAUCUUGGACGAUAGCGGGGAGCGUGAAGGGACUCUUGGCGUCCAGCGGCGAUUGUGUGUGGCUUCUGGUCCUAGGAGCAUUUGAGGUUUGCUCGCCUUCCUGUUUCUGAAGACCUGAGGUCGGCCGCUAAGGUCUUGGAGAUUAGCAACGCGAGGCUGCUCCUCGUUUUCCAGUUCUAGCCGCGGGAGCUUUCAGAGAAACGUGGAAAGACAAUAAGGGUGUAUGCCUUAUUGGUGGCCGGCCCCAUCCGCGUCCGGAUUGUCUGGGGUUCGUGCCUGGAGCUACUACUCUGUGGAAUUGUCUCCUAGUCGUCACUUCUGGCCGCAGCCCUGUUUAAUAGACGUGGAAACUGAUGCCUUGAGACGGGUGAAAGGACUUUCCCUUACCCACUCCCUUCAGGGCCCCAAAGACGUUGCAGAUUUGUCUAGUUUCUAGACACGUGUUUUGGAAUGUUGUGUGGAUGGAAGCUUAAGUAUUGAAGAACAAAGUGGGAACUCCUAAAAUUUUAAGGGAUUCCAAAACUGACUUUUGAGUACCAGGAGCGUGGGAUUCGUGAUUACCCUCAGUUAUCCUGUGGCUUCAACAUGAACUUACCUUCAUGCUUAAGUCAGCUAUGCAGGGGUUUACCCAGACCCGUUGGAAGUACCACUCAGUUGAUGUUGCGGUCUCUCUCCAGAAGUCUGGUGCUAAGUUCACAGAGGAGAAUUCCAGAAUUUAGUAGCUUUGUUGCCCGGACCAACACAUGUGGAGAAUUGCGUUCUUCUCACUUAGGCCAAGAAGUCACCUUGUGUGGAUGGAUUCAGUACCGAAGGCAAAACAUCUUCCUGGUCUUAAGAGAUUUCCAUGGAUUUGUUCAAGUUCUCAUUCCCCAGGAUGAGUCAGCUGCCUCUGUGAAGAAGAUUUUAUGUGAAGCCCCUGUGGAAUCUGUGGUGCAAGUGUCUGGGACAGUCAUUUCCCGACCUCCAGGACAAGAGAAUCCAAAAAUGCCAACAGGUGAGAUUGAAAUCAAAGUUAAAACAGCUAAACUUCUGAAUUCCUGCAGGAAGCUGCCCUUUGAAAUUAAGGACUUUGUGAAGAAAACAGAGACUCUCCGUUUGCAGUAUCGAUACCUAGACUUACGUAGUUCCCAAAUGCAGUAUAACCUGCGGCUGAGGUCUCAGAUGGUCAUGAAAAUGCGGGAGUAUCUCUGUAAUCUGCAUGGGUUUGUGGAUGUAGAAACCCCAACAUUGUUUAAGAAGACCCCAGGGGGUGCCAAAGAGUUUUUAGUACCAUCCAGGGAACCUGGGAAGUUUUAUUCUCUCCCUCAGAGUCCUCAACAGUUUAAGCAGCUUCUGAUGGUUGGCGGGUUAGACAGAUAUUUUCAGGUCGCCCGAUGUUAUCGAGAUGAAGGUUCAAGACCAGACAGACAGCCAGAAUUUACUCAGAUUGACAUAGAGAUGUCUUUUGUAGACCAGACAGGGAUUCAGCGUUUAAUUGAGGGUUUACUGCACCAUUCCUGGCCCAGUGACAAAGAUCCUGUGAUGGUUCCUUUUCCUUCUAUGACUUUUGCUGAGGCACUGGCCACCUACGGAACUGAUAAACCUGACACUCGCUUUGGAAUGAAGAUUAUCGAUAUCAGUGAUCUAUUUAGAAACACAGAGAUUGGAUUUCUUCAAGAUGCGCUUAAUAAGCCCGAAGGAACCAUCAAAGCCAUAUGUGUCCCUGAAGGAGCAAAAUACUUAAAAAGGAGAGAAAUUGAGUCCAUCAAAAAAAUUGCAGCUAACCAUUUUAAUCAGGAAAUCUUACCCAUAUUCCUGAAAGUCGAUAGAAACUGGAAUUCUCCAGUUGCUAAACUCAUAAUAGAGGAGCAAAGACUGGAAUUAACCAGACUAAUGGAGAUCCAAGAGGAAGAUGUGAUCCUCCUAACUGCAGGAGAGCACAAGAAAGCAUGCUCUUUGUUGGGAAAAUUACGACUUGAAUGUGCUGAUCUUCUAGAAAUGAAAGGAGUGGUCCUCCGUGACACAUCUCUAUUCUCCUUCCUUUGGGUGGUGGAUUUCCCACUCUUCCUUCCCAAGGAGGAAAAUCCCAGUGAGCUGGAGUCUACCCACCACCCAUUUACUGCUCCGCACCCCAGUGACAUCCACCUCCUACACACUGAGCCCAAAAAGGUCCGUAGCCAACACUAUGACCUGGUUUUAAAUGGCCAUGAGAUAGGAGGUGGUUCUAUCCGAAUUCACGAUGCAGACCUACAGCGUUACAUCCUGGCAACACUACUAAAGGAGUUUCCUGAUUUUUAUCCUGCCUUUCUGAGUCUACAUCUCCACCUCCUUUAUUGGUCCUCUUCUGUUUAUGUUAUCAACACAGUAGUAGCUGCGUUUACUGAGCACCAGGCAUUUUUCUACAUGUUACAAUCAUCUGCAACUAGUUGUAUUUCCUUAACUAUAAACUUGAUAUUGUUUUGUACACUUUCCCAGGAAGUUUUUACUAUUAGUUAAGUCAUAUUAAGGUAUUUUUCCCCUUUAGCACCUAAGCCUAGUGUGUAGCACUCUGUGGACCUUCAGUGUAUGUUUAAACUGAAUGAUCUGGCUGGGCACCCAGAGCACAGUGGUUACAGUGCCAGCCACGUACUCCAAGGGUGGUGGGUUCAUACCCGGCCUGGGCCAGCUAAACAACAAUGACAACUGCAACAACAAAAAAAGUAGCCAGGCAUUGUGGCGGGUGCCUGUCGUCCCAGCUAGUUGGGAGGCUGAGGCAAGAGAAUCGCUGAAGCCCAAGAGUUGGAGGUUGCUGUCAGCUGUGAAUCGCUGAAGCCCAAGAGUUGGAGGUUGCUGUGAGCUGUAACACCGCAGCACUCUACUCAAGG